AUGGCUAUAGGCAUGCAGCUGAGUCACUAUGAGAAGCAGCAGCAGCAGUUUGGGUCCGGUGUUUGCAGACUGGGGCCGGACCUUCAGCCUGUGGCAAGAGCAGUUCCAGUCGUAUCCUCAUAAGGAUCAGCUGCAGGACUAUGAGCUACAGUGGAAACAGUGGCAGGAGCAGAUGAACUCCACCUCGGCACACCUACAGGUACAAUACAGCUCUGGGGCCUGUUCAGUAGGAAUGUUACAGGACGUUUAGAUAGAAAUGCACGGUGUAGAAGAUCUGGUCAUCUGUCACGUACAAUAGGGACUAGUCAGCUCUAGUCGUUGCAUUUUCCUUCUUUCUGCAGCGUUGUGAAUGUUUUACGGUGCUGAAUACACCCCAGCCAGGUUCAUGUAAAUGCACUGCUGAUGUGGAAGAAAAAAAAAAAGGCUUCAUAAAUGUGAUUGAUUGAUUUGCAGGAGAAGGUCGCCGCCCUGCGAGCCAUGCAGCCACAGUAUGGAGGCAGCAGCAACGGUGGUCAGUAUGGCGCUGACCAGUACAGUGGUAGUGUCCAGUAUGGUAGUGUAGGGUACGGGGACCAGUCCAGCCAAUAUGAUCAGUACCCCCACUCUGGCCCGGACUCACAGACGCAACAAGGUCACAUGGUGGGCCCGUCCCAGCCAGGUAGCCAGCCCUCAUCCACCUCUGGACCCAUGUCCCAGGGCCCUCGACCAGGGCAGCACGGCCCCUCCAACGCCCAACGCAUGGGAACCCCCACAGGAGAACCACACCAAGGGCCUCGGGCAGCGCAGUACAACCUGUCUGGACCUCCAGGUAGAGGGGCAGGAGGGAGAGGGCUGGCCAGACCACCAGGUGCACCACCUGGACAGCCUCCACCAGGUGCACCACCAGGACGGCCUCCACCUUACCAAAGCCCCAGAGGAUCAAGGUAACUUGUUUGUGUAUUCAUGACAAUGAUAUUCAAACUGUGUGAUUGUGUUUCACUGGGGGGGGCUACCCUCUUGACCAGGUUUCCCUUUGGGAGAGAUUUUGUUUGUACCUGAAUGUGACAACCUGGAUAAUAAGAGGAUAAAUAAAUACAAAUAAUUGUGUCUUGGACAAUAAAAAUGUCCAUAUACAGGCUGUUCGGGUAUUCAUGUGAUUUUCUUUCUUUCCCAGGUUUGAUGGUCUGAGAGGGAACGGCCCACGGUUUGACCAGCAGCAGCAAUCCGGUCAACAGCAGAGGUUUAAUGCUCCAUCUGGCCCCAGGUUCGACCAGCCUGGCCCCAGAGGACCAGGGUCCCGCUUCGACCAGCCCCCGAGACAGAGCCCCCCAGCCCGCUUCGAAAGACCCCCUGGUCCCUCAAGACCCCAGAUAGGCCCACAGCCUAAACCGGACCCUGGCAAAGACACCAAACCACCGCAGGGUCAGACUGAGAUGCUAGCGGGCUCCAAGCCUCCUGGUAAUAAACCUACCGGGACAGCGAAACCAGGAGCAGAACCGGAGGAUAUGUCAGAGGACAUGUUGGGCUCGCUGGACGGCUUCUUUGUCCAAAACGACCCCAUCCCUCAGACGAAGGCGGAGGCUGACGCUGCUGCUGCUAGUAAGGGAUCCACCGCCAACAGGGAGAAGGGGAGCCCUACAGGUCCUGCCGGUGCCGAGCCCCAGGUGUUCACCGCCGCCUCUGUGUCCCCGAAAACCGCAUCCCCCGCUUUCAAACCAGGUGGACCGGACGGGCCGUUGAAGAAUAACGUCAAUGACAACAACGGGCCUCCGGGACCACCGGGGCUGAUGCCCCACGGACCGGAGCCUUCGAAGACAGACCCAAUGACCAACCAACCUCCUGGUCCUCCGGGGCCCAUGGGGCGUGGUAGAGGGGGACAUGGCCAGCCACUAGGGCCUGUCAGAGGGAGGGGUGGUGGAGGAAGAGGGGAGAUGGAUGGAGGAAUGAGGGGAGGUAGAGGAAGAGGGGAGAUGGAUGGAGGAAUGAGGGGAGGAAGAGGGGAGAUGGAUGGAGGAAUGAGGGGAGGUAGAGGAAGAGGGGAGAGAGAGAAGGGGAGGAGGAAGAGGGAGGGGGGAAUAGGAGUAGAGGAAGAGGGGAGAUGGACGGAGGAAUGA